AUGCAGAGAGUGCAGAGGAAGAUUGGGCGUCUGCCCUUCAUGGUCGGCCGGACGCCCAACGAGGCCGACAUCGAGGCCAUGCUCCGGGACUUCAAUGACAGCGACCAGAUGCUGAAAAAUAUCGAAGAAGCUUCGGCACAAUGGCGCGAUGGGUGGACCAAUAUCCUCAACCACCAGCUCGCGUGCGCCGAGGGCUUGCACAGCAUCUACAAACCCGUCGCCGGCGAAUUCACAAGACACGAACAUGUCGAUACGCCGGCUGCGACCAUGGAGCGUGCCGUCAAGCUCGAGGAGGCGUUUGCGGAGCUCAAAACGGAUAUGAUGGAAGAAAUCAAAGACAUCGACAAGAAGCUCAUCCUGCCAGCCAAGCUGGCCAGAGACUCACUGAAGCCAAUGAAGAAGGCUAUCAGCAAGCGCGAGGAUAAAAAGGCCGAUUACGAACGCUACAAAGGACGCGCCGAACAACUCCAGAAGAAGAAGACUCGCUCCGACAGAGAGAACACGGCGCUGGCAAAACACGAAGCCGAUCUGGAACGCGCCGUUCACGAGUACAACUACGCCGACGAAGGCCUCCGUAAUCAGCUUCCCAAGCUCAACGCCGCUACCUUCUCCCUUCUCCCGCAUCUGCUCGCCAACCAAAUCAUCCUCCAGAACAAUUUAAUCGGCAAUCUUUACACUGUGUUGCACCAAUAUUCGCAUGAGCAGGGAUAUCCAGACCCGCCUCCAGAACCUGAGGAGGUCAUCCCUGAAUGGGAUGCGAACUUUACUCCGAUGCGCAAAGAGAUGGAAGAAAACUUUGAGCUUCUCAGGACUGGGAAAGCAAGAACCCAACCCAUGCGACUACCGGAUAAAGGUGACACGAUCACUGGUAUAGGGAUCAGAAACAGAGUCAUGCCCGGAAGGAGGGUUAGCAGCAAUGACACGAUUCCGAUCCGUGAAAAGUCACCGAGACCUCAGCGCAACAAUCUACCUCCUAGCUAUGAGGACGAUGGACCCCCGGCACCGAAGCUGAAUUUAGCAAGCAAGCCUUCGAUGAAUCAACUAAACGCAUCCAAACCUAGAAUAGGGGGAACUUCUCCUGGAUUGAUUCCGACUCCGACAUUCGACCAGUUUGGCAGACGGACCUCUUCGUACUCCGAUGCAUCAUCGACCCAUACGAAUGGUCACGACGACUAUUUCGGCAACAGCAACGGCAAUGGCAGGCCGCGUAUAACCUCUACGAGCUCAUCCUAUACCACAGGAUAUCCAUCACCGCAAGCAUUAGCAGCAAAGAAGAAACCCCCACCACCGCCACCGCCGAAGAAGGUCGGAUCGUUCCAUGGAGAAUACGUCACGGCGAUGUACGACUUCGAUGGGCAAAGCCAGGGUGAUUUAUCAUUCAGAGAGGGAGAUAGAAUACGUGUGAUCAAAAAGACGAACAGUUCGCAAGAUUGGUGGGAGGGCGAGCUGCGGGGACACCGGGGAAGUUUCCCUGCCAACUACGUGAAGUGA